CGUCAGAUCAUCAUGAAAACGGAAGUUAUUGUACUUUUAGUAUUCGCAACACUUUUGCAACUCCCACGCCUCGUCAGAGGUUGUCAACUACAAAAUUCUGAAGACCGAAAGACAACACGAGCCUUCAAUUGUCUCGAAAAUGACGAAAACUCAUUAAUUUUGGAAGAAAAUUAUCCAGAAACAACAAUUUUGAACUUUCGCCCAAACGCUUCUUCCAUAAAAACAUUCCCAUCAACGAUUUUUGAGAAAUUUUCAAAGUUGGAAUCAAUUGUCAUGAGUUCAGUUGGCCUUGAGAACAUCGAAAGAGGAAGUUUUCAUGCUGCUGGAUCAUUAAAAAUGUUAAAUUUGGAGAAAAAUCGCUUACAAAAGAUCAUCGAUGAAAGUUUUCAAGGAGCUCGAGCCUUAAAAUUGCUAAAAUUAAACAAAAAUAACAUUUCAUCAAUCGAGGAAAAGGCUUUUAGUGGUUUAGAAUCACUUACGGAGCUGGAUUUGAGUCGAAAUGACAUCGAAUUUUUACCUGAAAACGUUUUUCGUGACAUUUCAACUUUGGAAAAAGUUGAUUUGAGCUUCAAUAAGCUUCAAACAGUGCCAAAAAAUGUCUUCAGCUCAUCGCCAAACCUGAAAUCGAUAAAAAUUUUCAAAAAUUAUCUUCACACAUUCGAUGUAAAUCUCGCAUCUGAUCGUACUUUCUGCUACUUGAACGUCGACAACAACUCAAUUAAUUAUUUUUCGUUAACCUUCACCCGAUUGAUUGAAGCAACAUCUGAUGACAUCGACUGUACACUUUACGGAAUUCAUGCAUCGCACAACGAAAUCCAACAUUUUUACGUGUCGCGCGAGUCAACAGCCGUUAAUUUGAUUGCCAUCAAUGGCAAUCGCUUGAAAAACUUGCAAAACGUGACUUUGCUCCCGGCAUUGACCAAACUCGACAUUGGCAACAACCCGGAAUUGGCUGAAGAUGCUUUAAAUGAUGGUUUGAAACUCUCCCGAGGAAUUCAAAGUCUUUCGUUGAAAGAACUGAACUUGACGAGAUUAGAUCCUGAAGUUUUUCUUAAACUCUCGAAGCUAACUGAACUGGAUUUAUCGAAAAAUCAAUUAACGAACCUCGAUUUGAACGUUUUUCCUGAUGGAUUGACGGAUUUUUACAAGUUGAACUUGGCAAAUAAUCAUUUAACAUCCCUCGAUGUCGAAAAAUUGCAGGAAAAAUUUCCGAAUUUAACUUUUUUGAACAUAAAAGGCAAUCAGUUCACACGAAAUCAGUUGAAAAGCAUCCUCGAAGCGUUGAAAAAUGUGACAGUGAUUCAAUAAAUGCUCGUUUUAUGCAAAAUUUUGCUCUACGUUGAAGAAAAUUCAUGAACCAAUGAGAAUCGUCGAAUGGGAAAAUAUCGCUCCUCCCAUUUUUUGUUUGGAAAAAUGGUAGAUUUAAAUCA